AUGGCAGCUUAUGUAAUAUCGCAUUCCGAGAUAAAAAUAACGAUGAUCCGGAAAUGUAAGAUUUCAGUGCCUCUUCAGUUGCGCUUACAAACGAAUACAGGCAGUUUUCUGACUGUGCAGCUACAGCAAAGUCCAAUAAUUGAAUGUCCAUGGUUACUAGCAGCAAACUGCGAUUUUGUUGGUUUCUUUGCACUGACUGUAAAAAGUGAUGCGAUGGAAAAGCUGCUGUCACAGAAUUACAGUACAACGCCUCAAGCGUUUUUGUCGCGGACGGAUCGGACGUGGUUGCAAGUACCAGUGAUUCUUCAGGAUGCACGUGUAUUAUCGCAUGAACCAAAAAAGCAUAAACUUGCCGUAUGCUUACAACCAAUCUAUCUUCUAGCCGACUGGACUCUGCUGGUGCAGUUCUUUGAAGUAAGUUCAUUGUGA